AUGUCAAAUUCUUCAUCUAAUCCAUCUAAAAAUGAAUAUUUCAUAAAACAACGAGAUUUACUAAUACAAGAAAUAUCAAAUAAUUUAUCUAUAGUACAAACAAAUUUAGAAACUUUGAAUCGAUCAUUACAUGAACUGAAACAAAUUGGUAAAGAAUUUGAUGAUGUUGCUAGAUUAUGGUCGACAUUUUAUGAUGGAAUGAAUGGGAUGAAUCAUCAAACAAGAGAAAAUACCCGUGACGAAAAUAAUAAAAUAAGUUCCUCUGAUACAGAAGAUGAAAACAACAACAACAAGAUAUAG